UGGCGGUGGUUGGGGCUCGGCGCCGCCGGGUUGAGUCUGACGUGGGGGCGGCCGCUCUGGCCGGGGUAUGAGCCGCCCGGCUCCGCCCCAGCGCCCGCGUCUCGCUGCUCCCGGCUCGGCCAGGCCUCGCCAUGGCCCGGCUGGCGGAUUACUUCGUGCUGGUGGGCUACGAGCUGGACAAGCGCGGGAGCAGGGAUGGCCAGGGGCAGAUACUCCAGCGCUUCCCAGAGAAGGACUGGGAGGAUAACCCCUUCCCACAGGGCAUUGAACUGUUUUGCCAGCCGAGCGGUUGGCAGCUCUUCACCGAGCGGAAUCCCCCCACCUUCUUCGUCGCUGUGCUGACGGACAUCAGCUCCGAGCGGCAUUACUGCGCCUGCUUCACUUUCUGGGAGGCUGUCGAGAGUGCCCAGUCUCAGAGCCACUCAAGGAAUGGUGAGGAGGAGGAAGAGGAGUCGUCAUCCCUCAUCCAGCCUGCGCAGCUCUUUGCUCCUAAGAGUUUGGUGCUAGUGUCACGACUGGACCAUACUGAGGUUUUCCGGAACAGCCUGGGUUUGAUCUACACCAUCUACGUGGACGGGCUGAGCGCAUCGCUGGAGAACGUGAUUGGAAACCUCUUGACAUGUACCAUCCCCAUUACAGGGGGAGCUCAGCCUGACGUGGAGGACGAAAAAGCGAGGACGAUCUCUCUAGGGGCAGGCGACAGGCAGGUGAUCCAGAUGCCCAUCAAUGACUCUCUCCCCGUCAGCAGCUGCAGCGUAGCACUGCUCUUCCGGCAGCUCGGGAUCACCAACGUGCUGUGUCUCUUCUGUGCUGCACUCACUGAACACAAGAUCCUGUUUCUCUCCAGCAGUUAUCAGAGACUCACAGACGCCUGCCGGGCCCUUCUUGCGCUUAUGUUCCCCCUCAAGUACAGUUUCACGUACGUGCCCAUCUUGCCUGCACAGCUCCUUGAGGUGCUCAGCACUCCCACGCCCUUCAUCAUUGGCGUCAGCUCCAUCUUCCAGUCGGAGACGCAGGAACUGUUGGAUGUCGUCAUAGCAGAUCUGGAUGGUGGGACGGUGACCAUCCCAGAGUGCAUUCACAUCUCCCUGCUGCCUGAGCCACUGCUCCAUCAGACACGAGAAGCCCUCUCCAUGAUCUUGGACCCUGAGCUGGAGGUAGCAGACUUAGCAUUCCCCCCAUCAACCAUCUCUGCCUCCUCCCUCAAAAUGCAGGACAAGGAGAUCCGAGCUGUCUUCCUCCGUUUGUUUGCACAGCUGCUGCAGGGCUACCGCUGGUGCCUGCACAUCAUCCGAAUCCACCCAGAGCCAGUCAUCCGCUUCCACAAGGCAGCCUUCCUCGGUCAGAGGGGGCUGGUGGAGGAUGACUUCCUCACCAGGGUCCUGGAGGGCAUGGCGUUCGCUGGCUUUGUGACAGAGAGGGGUGCCCCAUACCGAGCAAUUGACCUGUUUGAUGAGCUGGUCGCCUAUGAAGUGAAGCGGAUGCGUGCUGAGGAGGGGAGCAAGCAGAAAAUACUGCGGCACAUCAAGGAGCUGGCAGAGCAGCUCUAUAAAAAUGAGAACCCAUACCCUGCAGUGACAAUGCACAAGGUGCAGAAGCCCACAGAUGGCUGCCACCUGCGCCUACACCAGAGACCUUUUCCCCGCUUGGAUGAGGGGACAGUCCAGUGGAUCAUCGACCAGGCUACUGCCAAGCUGCAGACAGCUCCGCCGGCUGUGAAGGCGGAGAAGAAGUGUAUGGUGCCAUCGGGACCCCCCAUUGCUGCCAUCAUGGAGCGCAAUGGCAGUGCCCUGGCCAACAGCGCCCGCCGCCUGGAGGUGGUCAGGAACUGCAUCUCCUACGUCUUCGAGAACAAGAUGCUAGAAGCCAAAAAGCUGCUUCCAGCUGUACUAAGGGCCAUGAAGGGCCGAGCAGCCAGACACUGCCUGACUCAGGAGCUGAACCUGCAUGUGCAGCAGAACAGGGCCGUACUGGACCACCAACAAUUCGACUUCAUUGUCCGCGUGAUGAACUGCUGUUUACAGGACUGCACUGCCAUGGAUGAGCAUGGGAUUGCAGCAGCACUUUUACCACUAGUCACCGCUUUCUGCCGAAAACUGAGCCCGGGCAUCACACAGUUUGCCUACAGCUGUGUGCAGGAACACGUCGUGUGGACCAACAUCCAGUUCUGGGAGGCCAUGUUCUACUGCGAUGUGCAGAACCACAUCCGAGCCCUAUAUCUGGAGAGCAAUGAGGAGAACCACUUGGAUGAGGAGGGCAAGGAGGGGCCUCAGGAAGAGAAAUCUGCCCUGGAGAUUGCGUCGGAGCAGCGGAGGCUGUGGCCUACCAUGAGCCGAGAGAAGCAGCAGGAACUGAUCCAGAAGGAGGAGAGCACAGUCUUCAGCCAGGCCAUCCACUAUGCAAACCGCAUGAGCUACCUGCUGCUACCCCUCGACACCAGCAAGAACCGGCUGCUGCGCAGCUCAGGGCUGGGCGAUGUGGAGAGCGUCAGCAACAGCUUUGUCUCCAACAGCAUUGCCGGCAGUGUGGCCGAAAGCUACGACACGGAAAGUGGGUUUGAGGAUGCCGAGAGCUCUGACGUGGCCAACUACGUGGUGCGCUUCAUCAACCGCUUCGUGGACAAGGUGUGCACGGAGAGCGGCGUCACCAACGAGCACCUGAAGGGGCUGCACAUCAUGAUCCCUGACAUCGUGCAGAUGCACAUAGAAACACUGGAUGCUGUGCACAGGGAGAGCAAGAGGCUCCCUCCUAUUCAGAAGCCCAAGCUGCUGCGCCCCAGCCUGCUGGUGGGCGAGGAGUGUGUCAUGGAAGGGCUCCGCGUGUACCUCAUGCCUGACGGACGUGAAGAAGCUGCCGGAGGCAAUAUUGGGGGCCCCCCACUGCUCCCUGCCGAAGGAGCCAUCUUCCUCACCACUUAUCGCAUCGUUUUCAAGGGCACCCCUACAGACCCACUGGUGGGGGAGCAGGUUGUGGUCCGGUCCUUCCCCAUUGCCUCAUUGACCAAAGAGAAGAAGAUCAACGUCCAGCCCCAGGUGGAUCAGCUCAUCCAGAAAGAGAAGAAGAUCAGUGUCCCGGCCCAGGUGGAUCAGCUUAUCCAGGAGGUGCUGCAGCUGCGCUCAUGCACGUUCCAGUUGCUGCGGAUCGCCUUUGAUGAGGAGGUAGCUUCAGAAAGCGCCGAGGUCUUCAGGAAGCACCUGCACAAGCUGCGCUAUCCCCAGCACGUACGUGGCACCUUCGCCUUCACCGUGGGCCAAUCACCCAAGCAAGCCAUGCAGCCCAAGGCCAAGGAGAAAAACCCCUCACUCAGGACACUUUCCAAGAACCUGAUGAAGAAUGCCAAGAAGACCAUUGGCCGACCGUACGUGACCCGCAAGAAGUACACACCACCUACUUGGGAGCAGCGCAGCAGUCAGCACUUCCAGGAGGAUGACGAGGAUGAAAUCUCAGUGUCUGAAGAGAUAGACAGAAGCACCCUGACCCCCUCCACUAUCAUCAAACCUUCAGACAAGAUGACCCUGAGCCACCUCGUGGAGCGAGCCUGCUGCCGUGACUACCAGAGGAUGGGGCUGGGCACGCUGAGCAACAGCCUCACCCGCUCCAAGAACGAGCCCUUCCGCAUCUCCACGGUGAACCGCAUGUACGCCAUCUGCCGGAGUUACCCAGGGCUGCUGAUUGUCCCGCAGAGCAUCCAGGACAACACCAUCCAGAGGAUCUCCCGCUGCUACCGCCAGAACCGCUUCCCUGUCAUCUGCUGGAGGAACUCCCACACCAAGGCCGUGCUGCUGAGGUCGGGGGGGCUGCACGGCAAGGGUGUUGUGGGCCUUUUCAAGUCGCAGAACGCCCCUACUACAGGCCAGUCGCAAACAGACUCCACCAGCCUGGAGCAGGAGAAGUACCUGCAGGCAGUGAUCAACUCCAUGCCGCACUAUGCUGACACCAGCGGGCGCAACACGCUCAGCGGCUUCACCUCUGCGCACAUGAGCAGCGCAGAUUCUUCCGACAAGAGGCAGCCCAAGCUGGGAUCGCUCAUGAAGCAGGUGAUGGGAGGGAAGGACGAUGGGCCAGGCACUAUUAGCCGAGGAGUGCUAGGUCCCAGAGCUAGGGUGGUCACUCUGUCCACCCCCAAGGGUGCAUCGGUGAAGGGCCGCGAAAGUCCCCGAGGCAAGUGGGGCAGCAUCCGGGCCAGCGGGCGCAUGAGCAACUAUGUCUUGAACAUGGAGAUCGGGUCCCGCCUGGCUGGGAAGGACCUGCUGAGCGCUCAGCACAAUGGGGCCCCCUCUGAGGCCAGCUUCCUGCGCCAGCACCGGGCCUCCCUCUACAUCAUUGGGGACAAGUCGCAGCUGAAGGGAGUGAAGCCAGACCCUCUGCAGCACUGGGAGGUGGUGCCCAUCGAGGUGUUUGACGUGCGGCAGGUGAAGGCCAGCUUCAAAAAGCUGAUGAAGGCCUGCGUGCCCGGCAGCCCCUCCACAGACCCCAGCCUCGCCUACCUGCGGACCCUGGAGGAGUCCGAAUGGCUGUCCCAGCUCCACAAGAUCCUGCAGAUCUCGGUGCUGGUGGUGGAGCUGCUGGAUACAGGUUCCUCUGUGCUGGUCAGUUUGGAGGAUGGCUGGGAUAUCACCACACAGGUGGUGUCCUUGGUGCAGCUGCUGUCAGACCCCUACUACCGGACAAUGGAGGGCUUCCGGCUGCUGGUGGAGAAGGAGUGGCUGUCCUUCGGGCACCGCUUCAGCCACCGCGGAGCCCAGACCCUCGCUGGUCAGAGCAGCGGCUUUGCUCCUGUCUUUCUGCAGUUCCUGGACUGUGUCCAUCAGAUCCACCUCCAGUUCCCCAUGGAGUUCGAGUUCACCCAGUACUACCUGAAGUUCCUCAGCUACCACUACGUCUCCAAUCGGUUCCGCACCUUCCUGCUGGACUCGGACUACGAGCGGAUUGAGCUGGGCCUCCUGUAUGAAGAGAAGGGCGAGCGGAAGAGCCAGCAGGUCUACAAGUCCAUCUGGGAGUACAUUGACCGGCUGAACAAGAAAACCCCUGUCUUCUUCAACUACAUGUACGCUCCCGAGAAUGGGGAGGUGCUGAGGCCAUACAGUAACAUCUCCAACCUGAAGGUGUGGGACUACUACACCCAGGAGGUCCUGUCCGAGGGCCCCUCCUACGACUGGGAGCUGGUGCAGGGGCAGCCGGAGCACGUGGAGGAGGUGGAUCGGCAGGACUCCAGUGCCCCACAGACCAAGCGCAAAAUCAUCUGGCCGUGCUACGACAACCGCAGCCGAGUGGAACCCGACGCCAUCUCCAAGCUGCUGGAGGAGCUGCACAACCUGGAGGCAGAGCUGGGCCAGGUGCCGGAGCGCUGGAAGGACACGUGGGACAAGGUCAAAGCCUCCCAGCGCACAGAGGCCCGGCAGGAGGCCAGCAGGAUGGCGUCCAGUUCCCUGCUGAUGUCCUCCAGCCUGUUGCCCCACCGGCGCUCGCUGGGGGUCUACCUGCAGGAGAGCAGCGUGGGCUCCACUCUCAACCUCAGCCUGGACAGCGACACCAGCAGCACCUCCACCCCGUCCAGCGGGAAGCAGGGGGGCCGCAAGAGCACCAGCAACCUCUACAGCCAGUUCCAGAUGUCGGAGAGCGAGAACAGGUCCUACGAGGGGACGCUCUACAAGAAAGGAGCCUUCAUGAAGCCCUGGAAGCCCCGCUGGUUCGUGCUGGAUAAAACCAAACAUCAGCUGCGGUACUAUGACAACCGGAUGGACACGGAGUGCAAAGGGGUCAUUGACCUGGCAGAAGUGGAGUCCAUCACCCCCGGCACUCCCACCAUGGGGGCCCCCAAGACAGUGGAGGAGAAGGCCUUCUUCGAUCUGAAGACGACGAAACGAGUUUACAAUUUCUGUGCCCAGGACGUGCAGCUGGCCCAGCAGUGGAUCGACCGCAUCCAGAGCUGCUUGUCGGACGCGUGAGACUGGCUCAGCAGCAGCCCCCGUUCCA